AUGUCGACGGCUCCUUCAUCGCGUCCAUUAUUCCAGGCUCAGGGCGAAAACAUGGGUCCUCCAGGAAAAACAAUCGCUCGACCGCGACCAGACAAUACCAACCGACCAGUGCUAGGCGACUUGACUCCAAAUGCCAAACUCGACAAGCAACAACAAAGAGCCGGCAGUCCCCUCAAGAGACAAGCAAAUAUCUUCGACGAUGGCAAAGGCUUCAGCUACAUCAAGCGUCGUCGCCUAUCACACAACAAUGCUCUGACGCGCCGCAUCACUCCACAACCUCCUCAGGAUCAACAGAAAGCCCCCUCUCCUACCGAGCCCGACUCUCACUCUGAGGGCGACAGCGGCCGCUCAUCUCAAAACUCGAAUGCUACUCGUGGAUCUUUCUCGUCGCUCAUCAACUACGAUCCCUCGUCGCAACAACAACAUCACCAACAAACCUCCUCGUCAGCGUCCAUGUCCAUCCGUACCGCUGCUCAGACUUUACGGUUACGUCUACGCAUCGCCCUCUACAAAGUCCGCACCAACCAGAUCAACGUGCCCUUCUCGCGUCUGAAAAUUAUCGCCAAGCAACCCACACGACAACAACAACCUCAACCGCCAGCCCCUCCCUCUCCCGACGCCCUGCCUAUGGCCCCUCCGCCAUUACGCCCGUACGCCGAGAAACACACACAGGCUUCCGAACCACACGUUCAAGCUCAACAGGCUCUCUUCUCCACGCCGAAUAUCUUCUCGAAUCGCUUUAUGCCGUAUAAUGCUCCUUCGAGCUCACCGCCGUUAGCACACGACCCUCUGCCACGUAUCGCCAGAGAAGCACAGGCACGUAUGGCUGCUGCUGCCACUGCCGAUAGAGACAGUCUGGACUCUGAAGCCACCGAGCUGGCCGACGAUCAUGAUGAACACCCUGUAGCUGAGAGUCCGCUGGAUAGGUCUAGAAGACAUCACAUGCUACCGCAGACUUGA